UAGUCGGUCAACACGUGGGGAGGAGAGACUGACUUUCCAGGAGGACACGUUAGAAAGAGACACACUAAUCAGUAGAGCUCUCACCGUGGCGGCGCCGAGGAACCGAGAAUACUGUGUAGCUGCUAGUGUCCUGAGGAAAUGCCGCUGAGGUUUCGCUCUGUUGUACCCUACACACUUCCCGGAGUACUCGCACUUAUCGGCUGGUGGUGGUACAUCUCGAGGAAGAAAGAGCGCCCCAUCUGUCAUGGCAGCCCAGAGGAGGCUCCAACUGACACAGGCCUUCGAACAUCUCCAGCAGAGGGUAGCAAUGGUUUGAUUGAAAAAGGCACUGUAACCCCCAGAAAUGACACAGAAUGCCCCACCCACAGACCUCCAAAGGUCACUGACAAGAGAAGCGAUCCCGAAAACAUUUCCCAAAUCCAUGUCCUGGACAGCAAAGCAGCACCUUCACCAGAGCUAGGUUCUGAAGAAUCGGUCCCUUUUCUUGGCAGGAUAAUCAGAGAGGAUGUCCAUAAUGCCUGUGUCUCGGCGCAACCGUCACUUGGCAAAGGCGACAGCCUGCAGGUUUCAUUGAAAGACCAUAAAGACCCAGAGAAAAGCUCAUCACUUGGUUUGGUAACAGAGUUGGAGAAACACCAGCCCAAAGAUCCAGCCUCUGCUCCAGAAGCCUUGUUGGAAGAGGUGGUCUUGCCUUGCCGGUCUAAUGAAGUCACCAGCUGCCCCCCCACUGCAGCCUACCUGUCUGACGCAGAGCGACCUGAGCCCGAGGGAGAAGUUGCAAAGCACCACGGCACUAUAAAUACUCAAGAUGAGAUCAUUGUUUGUGCAGUCACCCCAGCCAAAGUGCAGAGAGCGAUCCCAUCAGAAGCUGACUCUCUAGACACGCCCCCAUCAGCGCAGGAGUUCCAUCAACAUAUUCUAACGAGCACACCUACAGACACGGAUCCGACCUCCAUAGCCUUGACCCUCGCACAAGACUCCAUCACCUCAUCGGUGACCCCAGGGGACAUCCAGAUACACAGCAGCAGUGGAGAGGAGCAGGAUCUGGAGCGUCUGGCAGCUGGACUUAUAUGUGGGGUCAUCUCAGCAGCCACCCAGGAGGUUCUUGGGGUUGCCAGGUGCCAGGUCACAGACAACAGCCAGGCCAGCUGCAGCAGCAGCACACCACUGGCUAGCAGCAGACAACGCUCCCAACAGGAACCAAUCACAACUGCACAGCAGCACCUACAGCUACUGACAAGCUCCUCUCAGAUCAGCUGUGAGUCUCGAGAGGCAACAGAGAAAGAACAGCCAGGAAUGACUAAUGGAUGCUCCUCAGCUACCGUAUGGGAGACCGCUGAGGUCAGGCACAGGGUUCAUCCGACAAACACUCAGACAGGCCACUGGCCAACACCAUCGGAGGAAGCAGCACAGAGUGCGCCACCGCUAAACAAGCAACUGAAAAGUGAUGAAGUAGCCGUGCUGGCCGAGGACUCAGCCUGCAGCACGUGCCACUCUGAGGAUGGCAUCAGCAGCGAGGACCUUCAGAACAGCAUGUUCGAAAACCAAAUGGAUGUAAUCCAAAUUACGGACUUGUCAGCAAGAGAAGCCACACAGCCUCAGUCGCUGGUUGAGACUGUCACAGACACAACGGUUUUGUCCGUAACUGAAGAAAACUCGGUGGAUGCCGCAUGUGAAAUAAAGGGACUCAACGGAAUGAGCCUGAGGAAUGGAGCUCAUGGGACAUGUGAGGUGGAGACGGACCAGUCGGGAGGCUCUGAUGUGAACAGUAUGGACUCAAUGGACAGCGGCUGCACUAUGGGUACUGGGGAAAGCCAGAGCAACCACGCUGCCUCCUCGAGCUCUGAGCUCAUCAUCUGGGAGAUUGAGGUGCCAAAGCAUCUUGUCGGGCGGUUAAUCGGCAAGCAGGGAAGAUUUGUGAGUUUCGUCAAGCAAAACUCUGGUGCAAAGAUCUACAUCUCCACCCUGCCUUACACACAGGACUUCCAGAUCUGUCACAUAGAGGGUACACAGCAGCAGGUUGACAAAGCCCUGUCAUUGAUUGGGAAGAAGUUUAAAGAUCUGGAUUUAACGAACCUAUAUGCACCUCCACCGCCCCAACUCACGUUGCCAUCACUUCCUAUGACCUCCUGGCUCCUGCUCCCCAGUGGAGUGACAGUCGAAGUGAUAGUGGUGAACAUCGUGUCAGCCGGCCACAUCUUUGUCCAGCAGCACACACACCCCACCUACCACGCCCUGCGCAGCCUCGACCAGCAGAUGUUCCUCUGCUACUCCCAGCCCGGCACCCCGGCCCUGCCCUCACCGGCUGAAGUUGGUGUCAUCUGUGCAGCCCCAGCAGUGGAAGGGGCCUGGUGGAGAGCUCAGGUCAUCACCUUCUAUAAAGAAACCAGUGAGGUGGAGAUUAGAUACGUGGAUUACGGAGGCUACGACAGAGUUAAGAUCGACUCACUACGACAAAUAAGGUCUGAUUUUGUAACACUACCAUUUCAAGGUGCAGAAGUGCUGCUCGACAACAUCGCCCCGCUUCCAGGAGAAGAUCGUUUUUCACCAGAGGCAACAUCAGCGUUGGAGGAGAUGACCAGAGGAGUGGCGCUGCUUGCACAGGUAUCGAACUAUGACAACAACACGGGCCUCCCGCUGGUCCACCUGUGGAACAUGGUUGGAGAAGAGGUGAUCUCAGUGAACCGUGCACUGGCAGAGAGAGGCCUGGGGACUUGGGUGGAUGGAUUUUGAACUCCUAACGUGCUCUGACCUCGACACCUCCACCUGACCCCUCCCCCCUUUUCUCUCGUGGUCAGCAGUCUGGUAUCCUGACCCGUGCUCCCAGCCCCCCCCCACCACUGGAUCUAAGAAGAUUGUUCUUCCUGUCUUUCUUUUUUUUUUU